AUGGCAAAGAAAAAGCGGUUCAGGAAUCCACUUAAAUCAAUUAGGGAGAGCUCCUCACAUGCUCCCGAACCUUCUGUACCAGAACCUACAAUACCAGAUCCAUCAAUACCAGAACCUACAGAAGCAGAGACUCAACCUUCUAAAGUUGAUCAAGAUUCCACCCACAAAUGGCCUGUAAAGGCUAUAGAUGAAGAACACAAUAUAAUUAAGACACUUAAGUUGAGGGCUAAGGAAAUUCAUGAUGUGCCUGAUGGACUGCGUAUCAUUGUAGAUUUUGAUGAGCACUAUAGACCUGUUGGAAAUGCAGCUGGCUUGCUUGCUAGCGUUUGUGGAAUUGUAGCAACUAAUAGCACUCUCUUUCCUAUAUGUUAUGAAAAGUGGCCAGCGUUGCCUGAAAGUUACUUUAAAGAACAAUGGAGAUCACUCUUCAAUCUUCGAUUCUAUUUCAAAGUCCAUGAGGAUUAUGUCAAGAGAUAUUUGAUGCAAUCCAUUAACAGAAAAUGGAGAGAGCAUAGGAUUAAGCUUUGGGAUGAAUUUAAUGAUCCGGCUUUGAGCAAAACUGAAAUUAUCAACAACGUUCCAGAAGGUGUUAGUUUGGACCAUUGGGCAUUAUUUGUUGAAUAUCGCUUCAAACCUGAGACACAGGAACAAUGUAAAAGGAACAAGGAAAAUAAGGCAAAGCAAUUGAUUCCACAUACUUGUGGUGCCAAGAGUGUGGCAAGGAGAAGGCACGAAUUGCAAUUGGAGACCGGUAAAAGUGUUGGUCGGGGCCCAAUGUGGAAUUUGAUUCACAAGAGAAAAGAUGGGAGAUAUGUGAAUGACAAAGCAAAGGAGAUAGGGUAUCAUGGACCAGAGCAUUCCGGUCGUGUUCGAGGACUAGGCUUAGGAGCGGUUCCUACGGUUGCAUUUAAGCAUACAACCACACGACUUAGUGGUAUGAACUUCGGUUCCUCCGAUGCUGGUUCUUCAUCCACAUAUUUAGAGAAAAAGGUGGAAAAUAUUCAGUCUCAAAUGCAAGCACUAAUGGCUUUUGUUUGCUCAAAUCAAGGAGGAAAUGUCCCCCAAGAGUUAUCUGCCUUCUUUACAAAUUCAACACAACAGGCACCAGAUGGAGAUGGAGGUAGCGGGAUGCCAAAUGGAAGCAACCCAAAUUCCAAUUUAGAGGAUGCUUAG